CACUUUACACGACACUCUUUCAAACUCCUUGAAACAACAUAGCCUCAGGACUUCUAUCUCUCCCUCCACCAUGACCUACAAUGCUGGAUUCGCCGCAAAGUCUGCUGGGCAGGCUAGUGAGGGUCCAAACGCGCUCGGUGUCGAGUACAUGUUUACACAGAUCAUGAAUGCUGUCCAGAAAUCGCAAUCAGAAAUAGCUGAUCUUCGUCAGGAAUGCUCAGAACUGAGGCAGGCUAAUUCCAGCUUGGAACGUCAGAUACGAGAAGGCCUCCAGAAUGGCAAUUAUUAUGGUAGUUCUCGGAUGGGGACUCCAGGUUUUACAACACCAGCGCCAGGCAGCCCACAACUUCGCGCAAAAUCUCCCUUCCUAUCUCCGCAUAGUAUUCCAGCUCUGGCAGUGCCUCCAUCUAUCCACGUCCCCUCCCCACUCGGUGACAACGCCCUUACUGCCUUUCCUUUUGGAACACGUGAUAUACCAGGUUUCUACGUUGUAAUUCCUGCUGGAGGUGCAGGUACCCGCUUGUGGCCUCUUUCACGCGAGGAGCACCCGAAAUUCCUCCUCGACCUCACUUUGAAAGGUCGCUCUCUAAUUCAGGCUACAUGGGAUCGUCUCCUUCCUUUGUCUUCUGCCUCGCGAACUACUGUUGUCGCUGGUCCUGGGCAUAUCAAGUCGAUUCGAGACCAGUUACCGGAUCUUCUCGUUCACAAUCUUUUUUGCGAGCCCGGUCCCAAGGACUCUAUGGCCGCCAUUGGACUGGCUGCGGCGGUUCUUGCCCGCCGCGAUCCCGAUGCUGUGAUUGGCUCUUUUGCCGCGGAUCAUAUGAUUUCUGGCGAUGAUGCCUUCCUUUCUGCCGUCGCUGAGGCAGUCGAAGUCGCGAAGAAGGACUAUCUCGUCACCAUUGGAAUCGCACCUUCGCACCCUUCGACAGGGUUCGGUUACAUACGCCUGGGAGACAAACUAGGACUGAAGGAAGCGCCUAACUCUAGGCUCGUAUCUAGCUUCAAGGAAAAGCCUGAUGCACGCACUGCUGCUGCAUAUAUCGGAACGGGUAACUACCGAUGGAACGCUGGAAUGUUCGUCACGAAGGCCACAUUCUUGAUAGAACUAUUGAAAGAGUACAAACCCGACUUGUACGAUGGUUUACAGAAGAUUGCGGCUGCUUGGGAUGACGAGACUUUACGUCAAAAAACCUUGAACGAAGUUUGGCCUGGCUUGGAGAAGAUUCCUAUUGACAACGCUGUAGCAGAGCCAGCUGCGGCCGAAGGAAAAGUUGCUGUUGUCCCUGCUACGUUCGGUUGGGAUGAUGUUGGUGAUUUUUCAUCGCUUGCAGACCUUCUGCCUGCAGAGUCCAACCAACCUCGUGUCCUGGGCGAUACCAAUUUGGUCCUCACCGAACAAGUGGCUGGUGGGAUCGUGGUGCCCGGAUCGGGGCGACUUAUUACCUGCCUGGGAGUGGACGAUCUGGUCAUCGUGGAUAUGCCUGAUACUCUCCUCGUUACAACUCGUGCACGUUCUCAAGAAGUCAAGAGACUGGUCAAGAAGUGUCGGGAUGCUGGUUGGAAAGAGCUGCUAUAAGUCUUUAUCCAAUUGUACGUUUGAUAACCCCACAAGAUUUCUAGACAUUGGUUUAUUUGUAUAUUUUCUCCUUGGAGUUGCGGCAAAUGACUUUUUUUAAUUGCAAUACCAACGUGUGUGGUUCAAUUUCAAGCUGGUGGUGUUGGUUGGAUAUUCGUGCAGCGUACAUACCGGUGACUUAGUGAUACUGAUAGUGUUCUUUCUUCUGUCUUUUAUCUUUCCUGCUGUCCGUAUUAUUUAUUCGUACUGAUACUUUCGGACUGGCCUUGCGAGUUGUUUCAAUUUGUGACCAUGUCUGUAAUAUAUCCUGGACCUGGGUUAGGGUCACCUCUA